AUGUAUACCGGUAUGGAGAUGCAUCCAACUGGCUCUAGUUCGCGGCUAAAAUCAACGGGGAAAAGAGCUGAGGCUAUGUCAAUCUUAGCACAGAUUCCGGAGGCGCAUGAUGUCCAAUUCGAACCUUUACAAACCGAUAAAAAUCGCCCUCCCCAGCUACGAAUUCCUCUCUAUAUUGACGUGACGGACCCAUAUCAACUAUUUACCCUAUUUUUUACCGAAACUUUAUGGAAACUUCUCGCCACCAAUACAAAUUCAUAUGCGUACGCGAAAGAAUCAAAAAACCACAGUCUACACCAGCGAUCUUGGUAUCCAACAACACCGGAAGAACUCAAGGUUUUCGUCGGCGCUCAAAUAUAUAUGGGUUUUACGAAGGAGCCAGAACUAAAAGAUUACUGGGAUGAUGGUCUUGAUAAUAACACUGUUCAUGCAAAUCACCCAUUAUCUGCUUAUAUAACGCAGUAUCGAUAUGAGCAAUUGAAACGAUAUUUUCAUAUAUCUUCACCCCCCGAGAUCCCUGGAGGCUUCAUAACAACUCAUUACCCCCCAGAGCCUACCCCGGAGCAAGAAUUACAAAUGAGCGAAGAGCAAUUGAGCGCGAAUAUAUCUAUUGAUGAGGCAAUGGUUCGAAGCCAUGGAAGAUCUUCUCAUACCUUUAAAUUACCUAAUAAACCGAUCAGCCAAGGCUUUAAGCUAUUUGUGCUCGCAGAUCAUGAUUAUGUUUACUACUUUUACCCGGCAAGCCGUACGAAGGGGGUCAUUGAGAUAGGAACACCAACUGAGCUUACAAAAACAGGCCAAAUGGUAUAUGAGCUUAUACAAACCCUGCCGAGAGACGAACGCAAUUACAUCGUGUACCUCGACAACUAUUUUACCAGCAUUGAUCUAUUCAAAAAGCUUCGCGAUAUACAAAUCGGAGCUUGUGGCACCACUCGGCCUACUUCUGCCAGCAAGGAUUUCUCCGAUUUGCUCAAAAAACUGAAGGAUUUGAGCAACUACAUCCCAUAUCAUAAAGUUUGUGCUAUCCCCGUUCGAGAUGUCCUUUGCGUUGCAUGA